AUGACAGGUUCCUUAGCCGGGGACACGAGAUGGCAGCCGAUGCUUGACAAGAUCCACAAAAACCUGCCCGUUUACGAAGACGACAACACCUAUAUACUGGGGAGCAUCAAGCAACACAACAUCGUUAUUGCCUGUUUACCGAUAGAGGGGUAUGGUACAAACAACGCAGCGAAAGUCAUGACGAACAUGAAACGAACCUUCCCAUCACUUCGUGUCGGUCUAAUGGUUGGAAUUGGUGGGGGAGUGCCAAUCAAGCACGAUAUUCGUCUGGGCGAUGUCGUGGUAGGAACAAGAGUGAUGCAGUAUGAUCUUGGGAAAAUCGUCGAAGACGGCAAGUUUCAGCGAACGGCAAUCUACAGGAACCCUGGCCAUUUGCUUGGAACAGCUGUGUCGGCUCUUCGAGCUAGGCACGAACUGGAACCUAGUCAAAUUCUUCUUGUCCUGCAGGAAAAAAAUGAAAACACACCCCGACUACGCUCGCCUGGGCUUACCAGAUCGCCUGCUUCAAGCAUCAUACGAACAUUUCUCCAUUUCGAUGGACAGAUGUGA